GCCAGGUUCAAAUGUGUGAUUCUCAGAUCCUGACGUUGGAACACGGAGUUGUGACAGCAUCGGAGCCUCUCGGACACCUGGACCAUGGACCCCAGGGAGUGCCCCUGCAUGUCUGGGGGAAUCUGCAUCUGUGGAGACGACUGCAAAUGCACAACUUGUAACUGUAAAACAUGUCGGAAAAACUGCUGCUCCUGCUGCCCCCCGGGCUGUGCCAAGUGUGCCCAGGGCUGCAUCUGCAAAGGGGGCUCAAACGAGUGCAGCUGCUGCCACUGAAAUGCAUUCAUUGUGCUGGGGGUG